CUAACACUCGGGUUGGCUUGGCUGUACCGGGCAAGCUGGCAGAAGAUGGCGGUGCGGAAGAAGGACGGGGGCCCAAAUGUGAAAUAUUACGAGGCAUCUGACACCAUAACUCAGUUCGACAACGUGCGGCUUUGGCUGAGCAAAAACUACAAGAAGUAUAUACAAGCCGAGCCACCCACCAACAAAUCGCUGUCCAGCUUAGUGGUACAGCUGCUGCAGUUCCAAGAAGAAGUCUUUGGCAAACAUGUCAGUAAUGCGCCUCUCACCAAACUGCCAAUGAAAUGCUUCCUGGACUUUAAAGUUGGAGGAGCUCUGUGUCAUAUACUUGCUGCUGCCUAUAAGUUUAAGAGUGAUCAGGGAUGGCGCAGAUUUGAUUUCCAGAACCCUUCACGUAUGGAUCGAAAUGUGGAAAUGUUCAUGAACAUUGAGAAGUCUCUUGUACAGAAUAAUUGCCUCUCUCGACCCAACAUAUACCUUCACUCUGAGAUUGAUUCCAAGUUACAGAGCAAGCUUAAGGAUAUAGUAAAGCGGCAUCAGGGUACAUUAACUGAGGAUAAAAGCCAUGCAUCACACGUGGUCGUCCCGGUUCCUGGUAACUUGGAAGAAGAGGAGUGGGUACGGCCAAUAUUGAAGAGAGACAAGCAGGUUCUUCUUCACUGGGGUUAUUAUCCUGACAGUUAUGACACGUGGAUUCCUGCGAGUGAAAUUGAAGCUUCAGUUGAAGAUGCACCAACUCCAGAAAAACCACGCAAGGUUCAUACCAAAUGGAUUCUGGACACAGAUUCAUUUAAUGAGUGGAUGAAUGAGGAGGACUACGAGGUUAAUGAUGAGAGGAGCCCUACUAUUCGCCGGAAGAAAAUAUCUGCUAAAACCUUAACUGAUGAGGUAAGCAGUCCUGACUCAGACCGCAGGGACAAGAAGGGACCUAACUACAAGAAGAGAAAACGUUCUCCCUCACCUCCUCCCAGUGUGGAAGCAAAGAAGAAAAAUGUCAAAAAAGGCCCUUCCACACCUUAUAACAAAUCCAAGAGAGGUCACCGAGAGGAAGAGCAAGAGGAUCUGACCAAGGAUAUGGAUGAACCCUCUCCUGUGCCUAAUGUGGAAGAAGUGACUCUUCCUAAAACAGUAAACACCAAGAAAGAUUCAGAAUCUGCACCUGUGAAAGGAGGCACUGUGACGGACCUGGAUGAACAGGAGGAUGAGAGCAUGGAGCCUGUGACAAAGGAGGAAGAUGACAGUUCAUCAGGGGUCAAAAUUGAGCAAGUGAAGACCUCUGAUCUUCAUGAGGACAAUGUGACUGAACAAACACAUCACAUCAUCAUCCCUAGUUAUGCUGCCUGGUUUGACUAUAAUAGCGUACAUGCCAUUGAGCGUCGGGCACUACCUGAGUUCUUCAACGGCAAGAACAAGUCAAAAACACCAGAGAUCUAUCUGGCUUACCGUAAUUUCAUGAUUGAUACCUAUCGACUGAACCCUCAGGAAUACCUCACCUCAACGGCCUGUCGUCGAAAUUUAGCGGGGGAUGUCUGCGCUAUCAUGAGGGUUCAUGCCUUCCUGGAACAGUGGGGUCUCAUUAAUUACCAGGUGGAAGCUGAGAGCCGCCCUACUCCAAUGGGACCUCCUCCCACAUCUCAUUUCCAUGUAUUAGCUGAUACCCCAUCAGGUUUAGUUCCCACUUCAGCAAAAACACCACAGACCACUGCCUCACAACAGAUGCUGACUUUUCCAGAGUAAAGUAAAGAGAAGCCAAGUGACCUGCAAAAUUUUGGUCUAAGAACAGAUAGUACAGUAAGAAAAACACAAACGUCCAAGAGUAAAGCAGCUGCAAGUGCAACAAGGGAAUGGACAGAGCAAGAAACACUUCUGCUGCUUGAGGCACUGGAAAUGUACAAGGACGACUGGAACAAGGUAUCUGAGCAUGUGGGUAGCCGAACUCAGGAUGAAUGUAUUCUGCACUUCCUGCGACUUGCCAAUUGAGGAUCCUAUCUGGAGGACUCUGAAGCCUCAUUGGGACCCCUGGCUUAUCAGCAAUUUUUCAGCCAAUCCGGAAACCCUGUUAUGAGUACAGUAGCCUUCCUGGCAUCUGUGGUAGAUCCGCGGGUUGCAUCAGCGGCAGCUAAUCAGCACUGGGUAUGUUUGUUAGAGAGCCAGGGAUUUUAUGAUGCAGCUUUUAGAAGACCGCUUUUGCUUUUUUUGAAUCCUCAGGUUAUCUUUUCUUUUAGCAUUUUACUAUACAAUAAAAGCAAAUAUUUUAGAUUGCCUGUUAAGGGUUUUUGGAAACCAUUGUGUGUUUCACUCCCUUUAGAUGAGUUUUCUAAGAUGAAGGAAGAAGUCCCAUCAGCCCUUGUAGAAGCUCAUGUCCGGAAAGUGGAGGAUGCAGCAAAAAUCACUGGAAAACCGGACCCCAGCUAUGGACUGGAGAGUAGUGGCAUCGCUGGAACCACUGGUGAAGACAAUGAGAGGAUAGAGGAAAGCAGUACAGAGGAGUCUCAACCAGAACCACAAGCUGUUGAAGAAAAGAAAGAGCCAAAGGACUCCCCUUGUGAAGCUGUUCCUGAAGAUGAAGGGGAAGAACGAGAGAGAGACUCUGUAAAGAAGGAUGAAGAAAAAAGCAAAGAUGGAGACACAGACAAAGAAUCUGAAAAGAGUGAUAUUGAUAUGGCUGAUGGUGACAAAGUUUUGGAUGUUAAGGAAGGAAGCGAGGAACCUGAUAAAGAAUCAAACGAGGGAAAGAACAAGGUGGAGAGGGACAUUGGAGAAGGCAACUUGUCUACAGCUGCUGCAGCUGCAUUGGCUGCAGCUGCUGUAAAGGCCAAGCAUCUGGCUGCAGUGGAGGAGAGGAAGAUAAAAUCUCUUGUUGCUCUGCUGGUGGAGACUCAGAUGAAAAAGCUUGAAAUUAAACUGAGGCACUUUGAAGAAUUGGAAACCAUCAUGGAUAGAGAGAGGGAGGCGCUUGAGUAUCAACGGCAGCAGCUACUGGCUGACAGGCAAAACUUUCACAUGGAGCAACUGAAAUACGCAGAGCUGAGAGCACGUCAGCAGCACUUCCAGCAAAUCCAAAACCAACACCAGCAGCAGCACCAGACCCCUCCAGGAAACCAGCCUGUGCCCCCCACUGCCCAUUCCAUCCCUGUACCACAACAGUCAUUGACUCCCGCACCUGUAAGCUCAGCUAACAGUGCAGAGGGACUUGGCCAACCCACAGCACCUUCAGCACAGCCACCAACGAACAGCCAACAACAGGGGUGUACACAGCCCAGUCCGGCACACAUGAUAACAGCAGUAAGUGACUACCGCUCAGAAGAAAAGGAGUUACUGUGUUCAAGGGUAGGAUGUGAUAUUGCAUCAGUUUGUUCCAGUGCAUUCACAGGUCAAGCGGCUUCUAACCCAUUGAUCUCAUCAGCAGUACCGGUUCCUGCUCAGCCGCCGGUGCCUGGUAAUCAGCAUCCCAGCAUGCCUCUACCUACCCCAUUUAAUCUGGGUAGUGAAUUAGUUGACUCCAUUCAUCAAAGUCCGCCAACUAACCCAUACACUGCUCAUCAUUCCAUGCAUGGCACCUUUCCCCCUGCUGCAUGUCGGGUCGGUGGGGCACCCCCAGCCUUACAUAACCCUGCCAUUACCGUAUCCUCAGUGCCACCUAACUUGCCGUCCCCCUUGGGUUCAGCUGCCUCUCACAGUCCCGCCAUCGUAGCUGCAAUGCAGGGAGGGGCUGCCAUCACCACCAGUCCUGUACCAGAACCCGUCACUCCUCUGCCUCCAGACACCGUGGGGAACACAGUUGGUCCAGUGCAACCGUAAAAACAAACAAAAGAAUGUUUCUAAUUUGGGAUAAAGAGGUGAAAGGGAGAAGCAAGAAAAUGCUUUGAAUUCUCUUAAUUGCCUCUCUGACUCUUGGACCAUUUAAAGAACCACAUGCCCAUACUCCCACAAGGGACUAGAUGCCCUUUAUGUCAUGACGUGUCAACAUUUCAUCAAUAUACAUGAAGAGGGGUGUUGGUGUAAACUGCAAAUAUAUUUAAUGUGCGAUAAAGAACAAAAACGUCCCUGACAAAUACAAUCUGCUGCUUGAGUGCUCCUCAGACACACUGUCUUACAAAGACUGAGCUCUUGUCUGCAAUAAUCCAUAAGGGUCAAUAAGGAUAUCAUUUUUAGACAUCCUGGUCUGGAAUCAAACGGAUAUGGUAGCAGGGAAUCUGAUCCAGAUAUAUACCCCUGAUGACUAUACAUAAGAGCUUACAAGAGAAUUCUCAUCUUAUCUCCCCUGCAAAGGAGCCCAUAGCAGAAUGCACCACUGAUUUUCUUCCCUUACAGUGACUGAAAGUCUUCACAAAAGAAACAAAAAUGGUUACUCAUGUUUGAUGAGCCUGCCCUAGCCCCUUUAACUGUCUUAUGAAUUUGCCAUAUGUAGCAAAUUAAGAGUGGCAGUAAAAGGGGUUACAGAUACCUGGUUGCAUCUAAAACCUUGCAGGGUAACUAAAAAAAAUGCUAUUAUUUGAUAUCCUUUAUCCCAAUAUCAGCACUGUCAUUUGUGACUAUGGUCAUUAUUGCAAACCAUUUAAAGGGGUCGUUUUCCCCUUCCACAUAGUGUUACCCAUAAUGACAGAAGUGAAUGCCUACUGCACUUCUACUGGGUUUAUGUUUCCUAUGAAUGUUGUAUGCUAUGAGAGGUUUGUGUCUUUGUUACUUUGUAAAGAGCGAGAAAUGUGUGCUACUGUUCAAAAAUAACAAAAAGAAGAAAAAAAUGGGUUGAGUGUUACGUUUCCUUGUGGGUGUUAUGUGACUGCUUAAUAUCUCUACGGAAGGAUGGGAAUCAGAGCAUCUGAAUCUAUAGUGCACUAUUUGACCCAUUAGUAAAAUAUUUUAUCUUGUACCUAUAUAAAACUUUUUUAUUUUUUAAUCGUAUUUUAAAUAUUUUGGGACAGAGAUGGGAGAAUAGAGGUUCAAAAGUUCAGUGCACUUUAAAGAAGGUGGAUUGGUGCAUUUCAGCAGCUUUUGAGGGGAGGUAUGCACCUGUCAACUCAUUUGCGCCAGUGGGGAUUGGUUGUAAGAUGCUGGAAUUUUCAACUAAAUUAGUCCCCUUCCCCCUUUCUGGACUCUACCACCUGUGUGGUGUACUGACCCCAUCUGUUCAUGUUACCUGUACCUUAUUCAGUGUCUGUGCAUCUUACAAUUCCCCAUCGAGGGGCAUUAAAAAAAAUAAUUCUG